GAAGCAUUCUAUUCCAUGCCCCUGCUUACAAUCCUUCGUGCACUGUUGAUUCGCUAAUGCCAGCCAGCUCCAGCCUAGCACCUAGGCAUCAGGCUCCAAUAACAUGUAUUUGUCCCCCAUCUGUGUCCGCUGCACGCCUCUUGAUUGCUCGAUGCUGUGUUGUGAUGACUUCGGUCUUGCAGUUGGUGAUCAAGAGGCCCUUCCAUCGAGCGCUCCCCAAUCAGCUCCCUUCACGUGUUUCUCUUUCUAUCAUGUCCAUCCGCCUGAUGUGUUUUCUCUAUCAGAUUGGCACUGUUAUUCUGUACCCCAGUGCUAGUCGUGCUGAGUUCAGAAGUCUCGGGACAUGGGGUCACGUCCUCGUGCCGCAACCGCCGCUACUAUACUGCCAUGAUUUCGCCACCUUCCCGAUGAGAUCAAGGUGGUCGAUUUUCUGGGAACGGCGGCAAUGUAAUGAGAACUCUGGGUAUAGUUCAAACACAGGGUGCGUCAGCCUGAUGAACUGUUGUCCCACCAGGUGCGAAACGUGCGGUUGAUAAUAUAUGAGGCACAGCCUAGGCUGGGAAUUGAUGGAGCGAUUUCUCCCUAGAGAAGGAAACGUUCCUUUGGGUCGUUACAUAGUUGGCUGCACCUUAACUUAUCAAGAGGCACUGGUUCGUAG